ACUACAAUGCAAAUGCAGGCGGCCAUAAGCAUGAAAAUGGACUUGAGCAACAUCUCUCCACCCUCACACCUCCAACGGCUACUUUUCUUGUCCCCUGGAAUCAAUCACAGGAGAAUCAUCAAUUCAGCUUCAAUCAAUAAAAAUGCAAGAAUUAAUUCCAAGGGUUUCUACAGUUCCAUGUCUGUCUCAGCUAGCUAUGAUGACAAUGUUGAUACUACUCCUUCCCCUUCUUCUUCUUCUUCUUUUUCUCAAGCCGAAAAGCUCAGAAAACUUCUGGGCUCCCCGGGGAUUCAUCUGGGCCCGGCUUGUUUUGAUGCUUUGAGUGCUAAGCUGGUGGAGCAAGCUGGGUUUGAUUUCUGCUUCACUACUGGUUUUGGAAUAUCGGCUGCUCGGUUGGCACUGCCAGACACAGGACUAGUUUCCUAUGGGGAAAUGGUGGAUCAAGGAGAGCAAAUUACACAAGCUGUAUCAAUACCCAUCAUUGGGGAUGGUGAUAACGGAUAUGGUAAUGCCAUGAAUGUCAAAAGAACCGUGAAGGGAUAUAUAAGAGCAGGAUUUGCUGGAAUUAUUCUUGAAGAUCAGGUCUCUCCAAAAGCUUGUGGCCAUACCCGUGGCAGGAAAGUUGUGUCAAGAGAGGAAGCAGUCAUGAGGAUAAAAGCUGCCGUUGAUGCUAGAAAAGAAAGUGGCUCUGAUAUUGUCAUAGUUGCACGAACUGAUUCCCGACAGGCAAUGUCCUUAGAAGAGUCACUUUGGAGAUCACGUUCUCUGGCUGAUGCUGGAGCUGAUGUUCUAUUUAUUGAUGCACUUGAAUCAAAAGAAGAAAUCAAGGCCCUUUGUGAAGUUUAUCCACUUGUCCCCAAGAUGGCCAAUAUGCUUGAAGGAGGAGGGAAAACACCAAUUCUCAGUCCUAUGGAACUCGAGGAAAUUGGAUACAAGCUUGUGGCAUAUCCACUUUCCUUGGUGGGAGUAUCUAUUCGUGCGAUGCAGGAUGCCCUCACAGCUAUUAAAGGAGGACGGAUGCCAUCUCCUGGAAGUAUGCCGUCCUUCGAAGAAAUUAAGGACAUACUAGGGUUUAACAAGUACUAUGAAGAAGAGAAGCGUUAUGCAAUCAACAUCUCUCAACUUACUUCACAAAGCGGUUAUUCUUCGGCAAGCAGCGAUACAUACAGUACUCAACAAAUUUCUCAAGGUGAUAAAGACCAGAAAAAUCAAAGUGUACAAGAUCCUGUGGUUGAAGUAGUCACUCCUGAAGUGUAUAAUAAAUAUGCUGCAGAUAAUUCUAGUGGUCCAUUUUCAGGGAUCUGGUCAAUAAAAUUGAGAGUUAAAAUUACUGGACGUGAUGGGUUUGAGAAGCUUGAUAUCCAAAUUCCUGCUGGAUUCUUGGAAGGAAUAACCAAUAUAGUUCCAGCUUUGGGGGGUAUAAACAUCAAAGCGCUCUUGGAUGAUGCUGAUGCAGAAGGAGGCGGCAAAGUUUUACUAGAUUUCAAAGACAGGAUGGGUGAUAGGAUUCAAGUCUUUUUGGAAUAAAGAUAUGAAAUUCAUUCUUUAA